AUGGACGAUCUGUACGUGAAAGCUGUGAAAUUCGAGGAAUUCAACCCUCAAACUGACAAUUGGGACAUUUACAUAAAUAGACUAAAAUUUUGUUUCGAGGCUAAUGGCGUCACUUUGGACAAUGUUAAACGUGCAAAUUUCUUUACCGUGUGUGGUGCGCGAGUUUUUGAAACUGUACUUGCUUUGAUAACACCAAGAUUGCCUAGUGAUGUGACUUUCAGUGAAGUUGAAACUAUUUUGACAAAACACUAUAGCCCUAAACCCAACGAAAUAUCGAUGUCAUUUCAGUUCUAUAAACGUGAUCAAAAGCGGGGUGAAAGUGUUUCGGACUAUGUGGCAGCGUUAAGAAAACUUAGUGCGACCUGUAACUUUAGAGACUUAGAGCGCAUGUUGCGCGAUAGGCUUGUUUGCGGAAUGUGUGACGAAAAACUACAAUACGAGUUGCUAAAACGGGACAACUUGAGCUACCAAGAUGUGGUCGACGCAAUGUUUUCAUCGGAAAGUGCCGGCCGCGACGUGCGUAUGAUGCAAACGGCUACCGAGUCAGCACCAUACCCCGCGACGUUGGCAACGCCCGCCGCUGAGCCAAUGGAGGUUAACGCCGUGAACGCAAGAUCGAGCAACCGUUUUUGUUAUCGGUGCGGUGAUAAACAUUCAGGAGAAUGUCGCUUUCUUAAUGCUGUGUGUCAUUUUUGCAAGAAAAAAGGACACAUCGAAAAGAUUUGUAUUAGCAAGAAGAAAAAUACUACUAAACACGUUAAUUAUACUGAUGACUUUGCUGGCCAUUUAAACGGGAUAUAUUACGAGGGGUGGCUGAUAUAUAAUCUACUUUGUUCAAUAAAGUUACAAAAAUGA